GUUUAGCCAGAAAAGGAGAAGGAAGCUGCAAGAAACACAAGGAGAGUGUGUAGUGAUCUCUAGCUGCUCUUUGAUCUGCAUGUGUUGCCAGUUGCUGAAACUCUGCAUGUUCAUGCAAAGCUUGAACUAGUUGGCUGCAUGCCAUCCAUGUCGAGCGUUGCUGCUGAAAGGGAUCGGAUUGUUGCACCGGGAUCUUGACCGUGUGUGAUCAGCAACACUGGAAGAAGCAAUCAAUUAAAUGGAGGAGUUCGAGAUGCAUCACCAGCAGCAGCAGCAGUCGUGUUACAGCAAACUGCUCCUGGGUAGCCCGCUGGUGGAGAUCGCCAAUGUCGACGACGGUGAACUGCAGCGCUUCGCCGGAGCUACCUCGGAGCCGCCGCCUGCCGGCUCGCCGGCUGUGAAGAAGAAGAAGAGAAGCCUUCCAGGGACACCAGACCCGAGCGCGGAGGUGGUGGCGCUGUCGCCGCGGACGCUGCUGGCGACGAACCGGUUCGUCUGCGAGAUCUGCGGCAAGGGCUUCCAGCGCGACCAGAACCUGCAGCUGCACCGGCGAGGCCACAACCUGCCGUGGAAGCUGCGGCAGCGCGGCGCCGGCGGCGCCGGCGGCGAGCCGCUGCGGAAGCGGGUGUACGUGUGCCCGGAGCCGUCGUGCGUGCACCACAGCCCGAGCCGCGCGCUGGGCGACCUCACCGGCAUCAAGAAGCACUUCUGCCGCAAGCACGGCGAGAAGAAGUGGAAGUGCGAGCGCUGCGGCAAGCGCUACGCCGUCCACUCCGACUGGAAGGCCCACUCCAAGGUCUGCGGCACCCGCGAGUACAAGUGCGACUGCGGCACCGUCUUCUCCAGGCGCGACAGCUUCGUCACGCACAGGGCGUUCUGCGACGCGCUGGCGCAGGAGAACAACAAGCUGGCGCAGCCGAUGAACAUGGCCACGGUCACCUCCGCUCUGCAGGGUCAGGCGGCUCACCACCUCGUCCUGCCGUCCCAGCCCGACGACGCCGUCGCCGAAGACGAUGACGCCGCCGCCGCUGGUUACGGAAUCGACGCCGAUGUCAAGAGCCCGCAUCUCAAGAUGUUCCCUGACGACAAUACCACCGUCGCCGUGGGAAACCCGCUCCUCCCGGCGCUCAGCAUGGCGGGAUGCAUGCUCUCCAGCCUUGGCGGGAGAGCCGCCACGCCAUUCUCUCCCUUCUUCCACGGGGGAAAGCCUGGCAUGGAAAGGCCUGGCGACGCCGCUCUGGGCUUCCCGCCACCGGCGCCUGGGUCAGCGGCGAUCAUGUCCGCCACGGCGCUGCUGCAGAAGGCGGCCGAGCUGGGCGCGACGACGUCGGCGAGCUGCUACGGCGGCGUGGGGUUCCCCACCGUGGGCAUUGGCUCCGCCGUGGUGGGUGGUGGUGGGCUCGACCGGCUUCCCGCCUUAGGCCAUAAUCUUGGGCCGUUCGACGUCGUCCCGGCGGCGACGACGACGACGACGACGCAGCUGGUCGGAUUCGACCUGGGCGGGAUGUUGCCCGGCCAGCUCUACGGAGGCGGUGGCGCGAUGACGAGGGCCAUCGGGUCGCUGAUGCACGGCGAGCAGCACGUCGGCAUGAUGGAUCGACGCCGGCGAGGGGAAGGCGUGCGCGUCGUGGACUACAUGGGCGUUGACGACGACGACGACCAGAGGAGCUUCGAUGGCGUGGGCCUAUUUGGGCCUCGCAUUGGCCCAUGGGCCUAAUCCACUCUACUCCGCAAGGCGAUUGCAAUGUUGUAAGCUUGAUGUUUAGAGAGUUUGAAUCUGAUGAAAUUGAGUUAGCACGAGGCGACUCUACAUAUGAGAAAAAUAUUUUUCACUGGAAUUGUUAUUCCAUUAUCUAAGAAAUAUCUAGAAACAAUAUCUUCUAAUAUGAAAAAAAGCUUAGUUCAACCUGAAUUAUUGGGGUUGGUCUA